CUCGGAUGAAAAGAUUUAAAGUUUUGUUUGAAAUACUACACAGUCCGCAUGAUAGAGCGCCAGCAAUCAAAUAGUUUUUGUCAAAAAUAGCAAGCUAUCUACAAGAUAAUUGUUGAAGAGUAAUCCGAGAGGAAAGAUUUGGUAAGAACAAUUUUGGAUUGCUUGCCUAAUGUAACAUAGCUAGCUAACGAAGCAAGCUGAUGUUAGCAAAUAUAGAAGUGCUUAUCGCUUACGUUAGUUAGCUACAGUAGAUAGCUAGUUAAUUAACGGUAGGUAGCUGACUAGUCAGAGUAACAGCAACGUUAUGUUCGCUAACUAAUACAACAUUUGCAUUUUUCAAUUGAAAAACGGUAACGUUAUUUGUUACAGUUGACGAAUUGCAAGAUAGAUCUUCUGCAAACCAUGGCUUCGAACAACUUCAAUGUUGCCAAAGGAUGAGAAGGGAGAAAUAUUCAAAGUCGUUGUGAGAUGCAGGUAGUAACCAGACUGUAUAACCAUUUGGGCCCUAAAAUACAAACAUUGGACAUGGGUGAUGUCAAGCACACUACAUAGAUAUAGUAGCAUUCGGAAAUAUUCAGCCCCUUGAGUUUUUCCACAAUUUGGUUACAGCCUUAUUCUAAAUGAAUUACUAAAAAUUUUCCUCAUCAACUACACACUACCACAUUGACAAGACAAAACUGGUUUAAAAUUUUUGUCAAAUUUUAAAAUAAAAAAAAGAUACCUUAUUACAGUACUAUUUAUGUAUUCAGACCCUUUGUUAUGAGACUCUAAAUUGGGCUGAGGUGCAUCCUGUUUCCAUUGAUCAUCCUUGAGCUGUUAUUACAAUUUGAUUGGAGUCCACCUGUGGUAAAUUCAAUUGAUUGGACAUGAUUUGGAAAAACCUGUCUAUAUAAAGUCCCACAGUUGACAGUCCAUGUCAGAGCAAAAACCAAGUCAUGAGUGCGAAACAAUUGUCCGUAGAGCUCCGAGACAGGAUUGUGUUGAGGCACAGAUCUGGGUAAGGGUGCCAAAAAAAUUCUGCAGCAUUGAAGGUCCCCAAGAACACCGUGGCAUCCAUCAUUCUUAAAUGGAAGAAGUUUGGAACCACCAAGACUCUUCCUAGAGCUGGCCGCCCAGCCAAACUGAGCAAUUGGGGGAGAAGGGCCUUGGUCAGGGAGGUGACCAAGAACCCGAUGGUCACUCUGACAGAGCUCUAGAGUUCCUCUGUGGAGAUGGGUGAGCCUUCCAGAAGGACAACCAUCUCUGCAGCACUCCACCAAUCAGGCCUUUAUGGUAGUGGCCAGACGGAAGCUACUCCUCAGUAAAAGGCACAUGACAUCCCUCUUGGAGUUUGCCAAAAGGCACCCAAAGGACUCUCAGACCGUGAUAAACAAGAUUCUCUGCUCUGAUGAAACCAAGAUGGAACUCUUUGGCCUAAAUGCCGAGCGUCACGUCUGGAGGAAACCUGGCACCAUCCCUACAGUGAAGCAUGGUGGUGGCAGCACCAUGCUGUGGGGAUGUUUUUCAGCGGCAGGGACUGGGAGACUAGUCAGGAGCAAAGUACAGAGAUCCUUGAUGAAAACCUGCUCAGGACCUCAGACUGGGGCAAAGGUUCACCUUCCAACAGGACAACGACCCUAAGCACACAGCCAAGACAACGCAGGAGUGGCUUCGGGACAAGUCUCAAUGUCAUUGAGUGGCCCAGCUAGAGCCUGGACUUGAACUUGAUCGAACAUCUCUGGAGAGACCUGAAAAUAGCUGUGCAGCGAUGCUCCCCAUCCAACCUGACAGAGCUUGAGAGGAUCUGCAGAGAAGAAUGGGAGGAACUCCCCAAAUACAAGUGUGCCAAGCUUGUAGCGACAUACCCGUGAAGACUCGAGGCUGUAAUCACUGCCAAAGGUGCUUCAACAAAGUACUGAGUAAAGGGUCUGAAUAUUUAUGUAAAUGUGAUAUUUCAGUUUUUUAUUUUUUAUACAUUUGCAAACAUUUCUAAAAACAUGUUUUUGCUUUGUCAUUAUCGGGCAUUGUGUGUAGAUUGAUGGGAAAACAACAAUUUGAGUCCAUUUUAGAAUAAGGCUGUAACGUAACAAAAUGUGCACUGUAACUUGGCUUCGCUAAUGUCUCGCUAACUUCUCUGCCCUUUCUUCUUCAGACCGUUCAACAACGCGGAACGCAAGUCUGCCUCCCAUGGAGUCAUCGAUACGGUCGAAAACAGAAAAGAGAUCAAUGUGCGAACGGGAGGGAUUGGCGACAAGGCAGCUAGGAAGAUGUACACCUUUGAUAUGGUAACUAAUGUAGCUAAUGUUAUUUGUCUAAAAUGGACUAACACCAAUAGCUACUUGGUUGGAAGGCCAUCUCUUCCAAAAUGUGCACCCUAACGUUACAUGUUAUCAAACCCUCAGGUGUUUGGUCCAGCUGCAAAGCAAAUCGACGUGUAUAAGAGUGUUGUCUGUCCCAUUCUGGAUGAAGUGAUAAGUGGAUACAACUGUACAGUUUUUGCGUAAGUACUGGUGAAUAAGUGACAUAAUCAAAAUCCCCUUUAUUUGCCAAGUACAUUUACACAUACUCUGAAUUUUACUUGGUGAUAUGGUGCUGCAAGCAAUAGGGCUGGGGUUUGCCAGGGACCUCAUGAUACGGUCUUAUCACGAUACUUGUGUGCCGAUACGAUAUGUAUUGCGAUUCUAUAUGUAUUCGAUAAUGUGAUUUUAUUACAUUUCGAUGUUCCAAACAAGCAUUGUCAUUUUGAAUUCCAUAACGUCAGUGUGGAGGAGGUGAAAAAAGUAUUGUCUAUCAACAAUGACAAGCCACCUGAGUCUGACAACUUGGAUGGAAAAUGACUCAGGAUAAUAGCGGAUGAUAUUGCCACUCCUAUUUGCCAUGUCUUCAAUCUAAGCCUACAAGAAAGUGUGUGCCCUGAGGCCUAGAGGGAAGCAAGUCAUUUCGCUACCCAAGAAUAGUAAAGCCCCCUUUAAUGGCUCAAAUAGACAACCAAUUGGCCUGUUACCAACUCUUAGUAAACUUUUGGACUUUUUUUGGGGGGGGGGGGACUUUCAGCCCCCUUAUAGGGAAGUACAUUCAACAUGCACGGCACUUACACAAAUGACUGAUUGGCUGAAAGAAAUUGAUGAUAAAGAUUGUGGGAGAUGUUUUGUUAGACUUCAGUGUGGCUUUUGACUAUUUGAUCAUAGUCUGCUGCUGGAAAAACUUGUGUUUGAAUUUACACCCCAUGCUAUAUUGUGGAUAAAGAGUUACCUGUCUAACAGCACACAGAGGGUGUUCUUUAAUGGAAGCCUCCAACAUAAUCCAGGUAGAAUCAGGAAUUCCCCAGGGCAGCUGUCUAGGCCCCUUUUAUUUUUUUUCAAUCUUUACUAAAGACAUGCCACUGGCUUUCAGUAAAGCCAGUGUCUAUGUAUGCGGAUGACUCAACACUAUACACGUCAGCUACUACAGCAAGUGAAAUUACUGCAACACAACAAAGAGCUGCAGUCAGUUUCAGAAUGUUUGGCAAUAAAUAAGUUAGUCCUAAAUAUUUCAAACUAAAAGCAUUGUGUUUGGGACAAGUCAUUCACGAAACCCUAAACCUCAACCAAAUCUUGUAAUGAAUAAUGUGGAAAUUGAGCAAGUUGUGGUGACUAAACUGCUUGGAGUAACCCUGGAUUGUAAACUGUCAUGGUCAAAACAUGUUGAUGCAACAGUAGCUAAGAUGGGGAGAAGUCUGUCCAUAAUAAAGCGCUGCUCUGCCUUUUUAACAACACUAUCAACAAGGCAGGUCCUACAGGCCCUAGUUUUGUCGCACCUGGACUACUGUCCAGUCGUGUGGUCAGGUGCCACAAAGAGGGACUUAGGAAAAUUACAAUUGGCUCAUAACAAGGCAGCACGGCUGGCCCUUAAAUGUACACAGAACAGACUAUAGGAGGCGCACAGAGCCAUGGCUACAUGGAACUCUAUUCCACAUCAGGUAACUGAUGCAAGCAGUAGAAUCAGUUAAAAAAAAAAAAAUCAAAUAAAAAUACACCUUAUGGGACUGUGAAGAGACACAGACAUACACGUGCUAACACUUACACAUGGAUUUUGUAUUGUAGGUAUGUGGUAGUAGAGCAGUGGCCUGAGGACACUUAAUGGGUUGUGGAAAGUGUUAUGAAAUGUGAUGUCAUGUAAUAUUUGUAAUUGUGUAUAUAACUGCCUUAAUGUUGCUGGACCCCGCGAAGAUCCUUAAUAAAUACAAACCUAUUGCUCACCAUAUGUCUGCUGCAGAGGGACAAGAGCCAUGAGAAAACAAGUUUUAAUCAGUCAUGGAAAUAAAAGUACAGAUAAUUGUGACUCCCUAUUUAAAAAGAUGGCAAACUAUGAAGGAGAAAUACUGGAGUUUUGGUGCAGGUACAACCGACUGGUGCAAAAGUAAUAAUGCGUUCUUGUCAAAACGAUGCGAUAUCGUCAAAUAAUAUCCCAAUAUGCAGCUAUCGUUUCCCCCCAUCACUAGCAAGCAAUAGACAACAUUUAGAGACAGACUACUGCGCAAUCCACAAGUUGACAAACAAAAACGGUGAAUACACGCGCAAUGACCAAACACUGUGGCUGCCUCACUGAGUGCCACACGCCCCCCCCAAAGCUGACAUUGGCCACUGAAGACUUGUCUGUCUGUUUUUAUAAAAUAUCUUUGCUUAAACGGUUUCUUCUUUGUCAUGUAGAUAUGGCCAAACGGGAACAGGAAAGACCUUCACAAUGGAAGGAGAAAGAUCUCCAAAUGAAGAAUUUACAUGGGAAGAGGUAUAUAAUAAUCAGAUCUGUCAAUUGACUUAUUAAUUUCCUCCAGUAUGUGUACUAAUGUGUGAUUUUAAAUGGACUCUUUCAGGACCCUCUUGCUGGUAUCAUUCCCCGGACACUCCAUCAGAUAUUUGAGAAACUGUCUGACAAUGGGACAGAGUUUUCUGUCAAGGUUUCCUUGCUGGAGAUCUACAAUGAAGAGUUGUUUGACCUGCUGAGUCCGUGUCCUGAUGUCACUGAACGCCUUCAGUUGUUUGAUGAUCCACGUAAUAAGGUACUACUCACUCACAUUUAUGUACGUUCCUAAUUAGUUGAAUUCCACAAGUGUCAACACGUCACUGCUGUUUCCCCAGACAACCUGUUAUUCCACCAAUGGGGUGAUGUUCUUAACCUUGUUAUGAGGUUUAAAUGUACUUUCUGUCCAUCAGAGGGGUGUUAUCAUCAAGGGCCUGGAGGAAAUCACGGUACACAACAAAAAUGAGGUUUACCAGAUUCUGGAGCGUGGAUCCGCCAAGAGAAAAACUGCCUCCACUCUCAUGAAUGCCUACUCCAGGUAAACCUGCAUGUCUGACCAGCUACACGUCUCAUAUCAAAGCCCAAGGCGUUAUAGUGUUUGAAUAGUUGAGUAUUGAUCUGCCCCUUUUUGUUUUUCAGCCGCUCUCACUCGGUGUUCUCCGUCACGAUUCAUAUGAAGGAGAUUACUGUUGAAGGAGAGGAACUGGUGAAGAUUGGAAAACUGAAUUUGGUAUGGUUAACCGGUAUUACCUACAAAUACCAUUGUCACAUCCUCUACCAGUGACUUACAAAGAAGGAUAACACAUUUGUCCUGUUUGUGCACCUGCUUGUGAUGCCCAUCAGGAAUUUUCGCUAACGUGACCUCACCUUGUAGGUGGACCUUGCUGGCAGUGAAAACAUCGGCCGAUCGGGGGCUGUGGACAAGCGGGCGCGGGAGGCUGGAAACAUCAACCAGUCUCUGCUGACACUGGGCAGGGUGAUCACUGCACUGGUGGAGAAGAGGCCCCACGUGCCCUACAGGGAGUCCAAACUCACCCGUAUCCUCCAGGACUCACUGGGAGGCCGCACCAAGACCUCCAUCAUCGCCACCGUUUCCCCAGCCUCUAUUAACCUGGAGGUGUGUCUGGCUGUCGUAUUGUCUCUUGGCACCAGUGUCUAGAUUGAUGCCUAGUUUUUAUCAAUGCCUCGAUACUCUAACUUUUCAUUUCGUGAAAUCCCCAGGAAACUCUGAGCACACUGGAAUAUGCCAACAGGGCCAAGAACAUCAUGAACAAGCCUGAGGUGAACCAGAAGUUGACAAAGAGAACUCUUAUCAAGGUAAAUAUAAGAACUAAAACUCUAAAUUGAAAUUUGGACUAUGCUCUGUUUACUUCAUGUAUGUUUUGAAUAAUAUUUUAUUUGUGGUAAAAUGUCCUGACUAAAAUAUUGCAUUUCAUCAUCAGGAAUACACAGAGGAAAUUGAGCGUCUAAAACGGGAUUUGGCUGCCACUCGUGACAAGAAUGGAGUGUAUCUGUCGUCUGAGAACUAUGAGUAAGUGCCCAUUGUACAACACACAAAUAUUUUGUUUAUGAAUCAAACGUUUUUACUCAAAUCUGUAUUGGAAGGUAUUCACUUCAAAAGGACAAAGUAUAGGAGAUUAUAAUUGAUCAACCCUCAGGAGCAUGGCAGGUGCGAUAUCUUCCCAAGAGGAGCAUAUAACAGAAUACACCGAGAAGAUUGCAGCAGUAGAGGAGGAACUGAAGAGGGUAAGCAUAUUUCAAAAUUAGUCAUAUUUUACUCCCUGUUUUUGGAUGAGCUGCACAGUGGCUACUGGCUCCACAUGACUAAUCCAAAAAUGUUGUAACCGUCCCUCCUUCCCAGGUCACAGAGCUGUUUGAGGAUAGCAAGGAGAAGCUGGACCAGUGCACCAAUGAUCUGGAGGAGAAGAACCAUAAGCUGGAGGAGACUCACAAGGACCUGCAGGAGACCAAGCAGAAGCUCACUGAGGAGGAGUUUAUAGUGUCUGAGCUGGCCUCCACCGAGGAGAAACUGUACACCACUGCAGACAAGGUUAGGGUGACAUUACAGCCAGUACGAAAAUGUAUGCACUCACUGCUGUAAUUCACUCUGGAUAAUAGUGUCUUCCAAAUGACUAAAAUGGCAUCUUUGAGAAUGUACUGUAUAUUAAAAUGACUGAUUUUGUCUGUUUUAUGAUUUAACGUUUUUUUUUCUCCAGUUGCUGACAACUGUUGAUGUGAGCACCAAAGACGUAUCUGGCCUGCAUGCCAAGCUGGAGAGGAAGAAGAAAGUUGAGGAGCACAACUCUGAGAUCCAGAUUAGUUUUGCUGACCACAUGGAUGCUAUGUUCAGCCAGAUGCAGAACUCUGUGGAAGACCAGCGCACCAAGCACCAGAGCAUGCUGGACUCAUACAAAACCUCAGUUGGUGAGGAGCUUAAAAUGGACUGGAAGUUUAUAAGAGUGAUAUGAGCGCAUCAUAGGAAUUAAUAUCUAAUUGAAUGUCUUUUGCUCCCUCAGAGGGUCUUCUUACAGUCAACGACAAAGCUUUCAAAGGUGCCAUGGCAACUGUAGCCACGUCCUUCUGCGGCAUCGACCACCUGUUUGCUGACGGCAUGACCAAGUGCCAGGCUAAGAUGAUGGAGCAGGAGACUCUGUGUGUGGAGGCCAAAAACACUCUGCACCAGGUUUUGGUAAGGAUAGAAAUUAAGCCAUGUCUGUUCUCUUCCUGUGUUUUUUCUGUCUCUCCCGCCUCUUUGUGCACACAUCUGUAUAAAGAGAUAUGUGAGAUAUGUCUUGAUAAAUACAAUCCUGUUUUAACAGGAGGAGCAUAAACUGGAGCUUGAGGAGGUCCUGGUGGCCCAGAUGUUGCCUGGUCUCAGUGCCAUCAUGGCCAUGAAUGACAGCCUGAAUAAGACACUGGUGAGCCACCAUGCCCUGGCAGCUAAGGUAAGGGAAGCUGGCUGAAAUAAUGCAUUUAAUAUACUCCAAAUAUUUUGCGUAUGUGUUGGACAAUUUAAUUAAUGCCUUCCUUUUUCCCAGAUGGAGUCCAUGAAAGUGGAGAUGACAUCGUUCUUCAGUGGCCAUGCUCAGGACCUGGCUGCCCUGAGGGAGACUGCCACAGAAGGUCUCGGCUCCCUAAAGACUGAGCAUGACAACCUGAAGGAACAGAUCAGCAGAGCAGACAAGGAGCACCAGACGGUACGGCCUGGGAUCGACUUGGAGUAGUCUAUAAAGUGUCUUCUGUUAUCACCCUCUGCAAUGAUCUGAAAUAACAAGAUGUCAAUGUAAUACUACACCUUGUGAUGCACGAUAGUGUUCCUCUUGCAAUGUCUACUCUGCUUUUAUUCAAUUAGUCCAGUCCCUGUUAGACAUCUGGAUGUUGAUGAAAAAACCCUGUUAUUCUCACUAUCGAGGCUGUUUGGUCAACAAGUGUGCUUUUCUAUCUGACCUUGUGACAUCACCUCUGUUUCUGGUCCUACAGGGCAUGACUCAAGUGAUCCAGUGUCUGCAGAACCAGCUCAACCUCCUAGCCAUGGAGACCCAGAAUAACUACGCCGGCCUGAUGAGUGCCUCCGACGCCCUGCAGGUCCCUGUCCAGUCCCUUCAGCAGACGCUGCAAACGUAAGUGCAACUGGGCCAUUGACCUAAUGUGACAUGAUUUAUCUGUCCAUGGUGUUGGCUUUGUCCAUUGAAUCUGCAUAUUACUCUUUUCACCUGAGAUGUUUGCCAGUGCAUAGCCUCUAACUCCUUUGAUUCCCUCUUUCAGGAGAUGCAGUGCAGCUGAGAACCAAACCGCAACCCAAAAGGAGUGUCUAGAGUCUACCACCGCCAGCCUGAUCUCUGAGGUCCAGCAGACUGCCCAGGAGGCCCAGCGCACAGUGGAGGAGUGCUCUGCCUACUGCAGCCACCUGCACAGCUCUCUUACCCAGCUGGGUGAGAGGAGUCUGCAAUGGUGUGCCUCCACCAAGGACAGCACUGACUCCCAGGCCCAGGCUCAGCUCACCGUGAUGAGAGAGAACACAGCCUCUGCUCAGACCCUGCUACAGGUGAACUAUACACUCCGAUGGAAUAUUGUGCAGUUUUACCUUAAACAGGUACUUGGUGGUACUUUAUGAAAUGGAGUACUAACAUUUCUUUUUUUUGUUUGACAAUUUUUCUUGGGCUGGUAGUUUCAAGUUCCAUUAGUUGUAUGUACGGGAUACUGGUAGUUUCAUUAGUUGUAUGUAUGGGAUACAAGCGGUAUACACCAUCUAACGAAAACUUGCAGGUUCUUUCUCGACAAUGGUAAAUGAUAAAAUAUAAGAAUAUGAACAAAGUAACUAACCUCGUAGAAUAGAAUAAACGUUUUAGCAUAAGUAUAAUACAGGAAGGCACAAUUUAUAGUCCAAUAUUUACAUGUGUUUUGGGGAAGGCAGGGAUUGGGGGGAAGUGUUUUUAAAUUGUGCAGUAUUUAGCAAUCAUUAAGUCUGGUAGCGCAGUUGUGUGUAGCAUGAAUGUACUGUAUGAGUGCGCUAAGGUUUGGAGAGUCUGUGCAGGUCAGUCCAGUUCAAGUGUUCAGCAGUCUGAUGGCUUGUUGGAUACCAACAGGCUCAGAUACAGUUUCUAUCAGACCUCAUUAGGGCUUUUUUUCCCGAUUGGUAGAACGAACGGACGACUUUCGGUCGACCAAGAUUUUAUUUAUUUAUUUAUUGUCUGGGACAGCCCUAGACCUCACGCUCCGGAUACUGUCUGGCAAUGUUCCCUCCCCAGGGACUGCCGCACAGCAGAAAAAUCAGCCUGUGUAGAGAAGCACGAGAUUGAACUUCACUCAACUUUCUAGACUUUUCCCCGUUAGUUAACACUAUCAAUGUUUCCCUUUUACUGUGGGAAUUGUGAUAAAAUCAAUGCAAUAUUAGCCACUUUCAAUGCAACAUACUGAAACAAAACAAACUAUGGAGACUUAGUAUGCAAAAAACCCAAUGCAAGAGAUGUUGUUGUAGGCAGAGCGCUUCGGAGUAGGUGUUCUAUUGCAUUGACAGGCAUGACUCCAGCCCAUGCUCUACACAGACCGGUGCGCCAUGACCAAUCAGAACUGCAGUAGGCCUAUGUGCAAAAAGACAAUUGCCAUAUAUGGAUUUGUGCCAUUCACUUUGAACUGGACUGUUUAACAGCAUGAGUGGUCGCGAUUAUUAUGCGCUUAUUUUGAGAUCAAAGCGAGCACUGCAUGUAGCCACGUGUGCACAUUUGUUCAUUCUUUGCUAGUUAGUGCGUUAUUAGCCCAGUUAUAGCAAAUUUGUAGUCCGCAAUGUGGGAGUGAUUGCUUCCUACAAGAGCACAAAACGUGUACAUUUCUAGCCAUCUUUGAAAAGUGAGUCAGGUAAAGAGCUUUUCUUUGUCUUAAAGGGGAAGUGUUGUAUUUACUUUGAGUAGCCAAUAGGCAGAGGGUAGCAUAAAUUGGGAAUAAUGAUGCAUUUGAUCUUGUAAAGUGGUUUCUUGCAUCAAACACAACAAUGUUCAGUCCCCUCCUUGUCUGAAGGACAAGUGGAUGAAUGGGUUAAUGUCAAGCCCUUCAUGUUUUUUUUAUUUUUCAAAAGUAAUGGAAUGUAGGCCUACAUUGAACACCACACAUUGACUGCUAGUGUAGGCUGAAUGAUAGAACUGCUAUUUCCAUGUUAAAAUGUUACGUGAUGCAUUUUCUCCAUUGUUUUGUUUAUGGUAGGCCUACAUUAUGAUCAAAUAGUCACAGUAGGCUCCUUGUCCACUGAAACAGUAAAUUAAAGCUGGGUACAGCCUCUGUGUUCACAGUAAACACGCGCCGGAAGUUGCACAGAAAUUUCACAAGGUUCAAAUUUGCGCUCCGCAGACCUGAGAUUUGCUCAGUGCCAAAAAAUAUUAGUAGACUGGUACUACACUGUUCAGUUUUACAAAAAUGGUUAGCUUCGCAAUCCCUGAGCAGCUCAUUACAUGUCGUUAUUCAUCAUAACUGACCGGUGUUUCUGUGGUGUGAAUCAGAGAGUGGAGCAGAGCUGUGAGGAGAGGGUCCAGGAGGUGAGUGGGCAGCUGAAGCAGCAGCAGGGGAUGGUGGAGGAGGGUCUGGGGGCCUUGAAGGAGCAGACAUCACUGGAUCAGAACACUCUGGAACACCACCACAUAGAACUCAAGGCCCACAUGGAGGAUGGCCUGGGCCUUGUCCACAGCUUCCUGAGCGAGGAGCUCAAACAGGAUGUCCCAACUGGUGAGACUGACGUGGAUGUAAUGCCAACUAAAAUGUUAAAUUGGCUUUUUUCUUCUACAUGUAUAGACUGAGUCACUGACCUCAUGUUUCCUUCUAUUUGUUCUGGUAGGUGCAACUCCUCAGAGGAGAGAGUUUGUGUACCCACGUCUCUUGGCCAAGUCGAAGAGCAGAUCAGAACUGCUGGACAGCCUCCGCCACCAGCAGGAGGAGCUGCAGGCAGCCCUGUUCCAGUGUGACACAGUAGAGGAGGAGAAGCAGGUCGAUCAGGUACACAGAGCCCAAUUCUUGGCAGUAUCGCAGAUUAGUGUCAUGAUUACAUUAAGGGAACUGUAUACACUGACUGAAUGCUGACUGAUCUUGACUGUUUAGCAUGUAACAGGCAUUAAUAACAUUGGAAAGGGUGAAGUUCAGUGUAUGGAAUAGAUGUUAUGACCUAAUGACAUCUAUGUUGCCAUAGGACUCUCUGGAGGACGAGUUGAGCAGCUACAACGACAGCUAUGUCACUGAGCCAUCUUACAUCGGCGAAAACCUAAUGUGCUAUGAGAAUGGAAGAGUGCCGUUCUUCAAGGUAAGAUUACCCCAGUGUUUCUUUGUUUAAGUACUAUCUCGCUCCUAGUCCCAGCUAUGGCUUUGUUUGAUUGUAACGUUUUCUCUCCUUUCAGCAAAAGAAGGCCGGCAAGAAGGAAAACAAACUCCUCAAUCGUUCCAAGAUGGCAGAAAAUGAAACUCACGAUACGCCACCCAGGUCCAAAUUACCACUCAGGUGUCAGAACUAGUAGAAUGUGACUUUCCUUUUACAUUUCUUAACUAUUUAAUAUUUUUCCUGU